AUGGGAGCAGCUUUCUUGGCUUUUUGUGGAGAGUUAGGCAAGGAGGCCUGGCUUCAGCUUGCUGUGAAUUUUUUUACCACUGCACAUGUUGAUGAAAGUGAAAAAAUAAAGCACAUGGAUGAAAAACAUGAGGAUUCUUAUGAGAUUAUCUGGGCGUGCUUGGCACCUACAUCAUUGGCUUAA